AUGCAGUACGCGAAGUCGGUCGCAUUCAAAUUUGAAGAAAGCUGGCAACAAUAUGCAGCGAAUGCGGGCAUCGCGCAAGGUACCAUCGCUGUGUCGGAUAUCGUCCAACAGUUCACCAGUACACUUGCUGAAGAAUUAACCGACAGGCUGACCACUCCAAACAUCAUUCGGCCUGCCACUUUCCUCGUACAACCGAACGCUUCAUCAACGGAUCAUAUCAAUUUUCGUGAGCGGUCAUGUGGUGGAAAAUCCCUGAAUGAGUACAAGCGACCAGCGAGCAUUGCUGAUGUGCCUUGGAUGGCCAGGUCCAGGUCCGAAGUUUUCUCGAGAGCACCCAAUAUGCUGGUUGAUCCAGCGACUCGAUAUCAUCAGCCACCCGCUGCGGCACCAAAUCCGCCACGAUCUUCGUCGAAACGGCUUUCUUGGUUUCGAUCACAUUUCCCAGCUAAAACUGCAGUUGAACUGAUUCGAGAAGGUCACGUGAGAUAUAUGAGCGGAUCCGAACUUGAAACGAAACAAUGGCGAAAGUGCAGGCUUUGUCUGGUGAAGACAGCUGGAGGAUAUUUGCUGGAAUUCUAUUCUCCACCCAAAAGCAAUCGAGCGAAAUCGGGCAUUUUUUGUUUUCUGAUAAUGGAAGUGAGGGAAACAACGCCGUUAGAAUUUGAAGAUGGCAACGAGUCGAUUUUUGCUAUUCGCGGAUAUAACGAUGUUGAAUACGUAAUCGAAGCAAGGAACCGAGAAGAUUGCCAACAGUGGCUAGCGAUGAUACGGGGUUGCAUAUCGGUGAACGAACCGAACACAUCCCGGAGGUUUAUUCGGGAACCGUCCGCUCCACCGGCUGGCUCGAAUUUCCUACACAGUCGACAGUCGUUGAACAAUGUGCAUGCGGUGACAUCAGCAGGAAGUGAUAGAAGAAUUCCGGCAACGAUGCGCGCACUUCCUCCCGGACUUGAAUUUUAUCCCUGGUUUCACGCACGCUUAUCACGAUGCGUAAGCGCGCGCCUGGUUUUGCACAACGGAGUCGACGGACACGGCUUAUUUCUCGUACGUCAAAGUGAAACACGCCCUGGCGAAUUCGUAUUGACAUUUAACUGUCAAGGCAAAGCUAAGCACGUACGGAUUGUGGUUAUGCCUGAUGGCGAAUGUCGCAUCCAUCAGAUGAUUUUUGAGACGAUGAUUGAUCUCUUGGAGCAUUUCCGAGACAAUCCGAUACCGCUUGAAAGCUCAUCUGCCCCACCGAUGCUUCUCAAUGAAUAUGUUAUUUGUAGGUUUUAA